CUAUCUCGAGAUCAAGAAAUGGCGAGGAAGAAAACAAACACGAUGCGAUGCGAUGCCCAUCAUUCGAGCGCGGCUGACCGGCGACGGGGACCACGGCCGCACAUUGCGCUGUCGCCUCCUCCGCUCCGCCGCCGUCUCCGUCCGUCGCCGCCGCCGUCGUGAAUCCCGCCUUCUCCUGACCCCGAUCCGGCUAAUUAUCUUAUUAUCUUAAGUGCUAAUCGCCAUCACAGCCUCGUUGCUGACAGUAUACAAUAAUUAAUCGCCGCCCCGCGUCGCCAUUGACGACCUCUUCCACUCCCCCCCGCCUCCCUCCCUCCUCUCGCCGCUCGCAGAGUCGCGGUGGUGGUGGUGGUGGUGGCGGCGGCGCGCCGGGCUACAAAUACCGCCCCGCUCCAGCCGUCGCCGUCGCCGUCGCUUCCCAGGCUCUCUCUCGCUCUCCGCCGCCGCUCGUGAGAAGAGGGGAAGCCGACUCCCGACGAUGGUGAGGCUCCCCUACGUGACCGCGCUCACCACGCUCUUCAGCUACGGCCUCCUCUUCGCCUUCGGCCAGCUCCGCGACUUCGUCCGCAGGAUCCUCGAUGCCGGCAAAUCCAGCAACCUCAAGGGUUACGCGCCGAUUUGCCUGGGGCUGGAGGAUUUCUACACGCGCCGCCUCUAUCUCCGCAUCCAGGAUUGUUUUGGCCGGCCAAUUGCUAGUGCACCGGAUGCUUGGUUUGAUGUGGUUGAGCGUUAUUCAAAUGACAGUAAUAAGACACUGCAUUGUACCACAAAAACAUCUAAGUGCCUUAACUUAGGUUCCUACAACUACCUUGGCUUUGCUGCAGCAGAUGAAUACUGCACCCCUCGUGUUAUUGAGUCACUGAAGAAAUACUCUGCUAGCACUUGCAGUGUCCGAGUCGAUGGAGGCAACACUAAGCUGCACAUAGAACUUGAAGAGCUGGUUGCAAGAUUUGUUGGUAAGCCUGCAGCAAUUGUUUUUGGUAUGGGUUAUGUGACGAACUCUGCGAUCAUUCCUGCUUUGGUUGGGAAGGGAAGCCUCAUAAUUAGUGAUUCAUUGAACCAUAACUCUAUAGUGAAUGGAGCUAGGGGUUCGGGAGCUACUGUUAGAGUUUUUCAACAUAACAAUCCUGCACACUUGGAAGAGGUAUUGAGAGAGCAGAUCGCAGGAGGCCAGCCUCGUACACACAGGCCAUGGAAGAAGAUUAUUGUUAUUGUUGAGGGAAUAUAUAGCAUGGAGGGAGAGCUAUGCAAACUUCCUGAGAUUAUAGCUGUCUGCAAAAAAUAUAAGGUUUACACAUAUUUAGAUGAGGCACACAGUAUUGGAGCUGUUGGUAAAACUGGGAGAGGUGUUUGUGAGCUACUAGGAGUGGAUCCAACUGAUGUCGAUAUUAUGAUGGGAACAUUUACUAAAUCAUUUGGAUCAUGCGGAGGUUACAUUGCAGCAUCAAAAGAGAUUAUUGAUCAUCUGAAGCACAUAUGCCCUGCCCAUAUCUAUGCAACAUCCAUGUCACCUCCAGCUGUCCAGCAGGUCAUCUCUGCGAUAAAAGUUAUCCUUGGUGAAGAUGGAUCUAACAGAGGGGCCAAAAAGCUUGCUCAGAUUAGGGAGAACAGCAAUUUCUUCCGUUCAGAGCUUCAGAAAAUGGGUUUUGAAGUUCUUGGAGACAAUGAUUCGCCUGUCAUGCCUAUCAUGCUUUACAAUCCUGCUAAAAUACCUGCAUUCUCAAGAGAGUGCCUGAGGCAACAUGUUGCCGUUGUUACUGUUGCCUUUCCUGCUACACCACUACUGCUUGCCAGAGCUAGGAUAUGCAUCUCAGCUUCCCACUCUAGGGAAGAUCUUAUUAAAGGAUUGGAGGUUAUCAGCAAAGUUGGUGACCUCGUGGGAAUCAAAUACUUCCCAGUUGAGCAUGAAAAGACUACGUCUGUUGAGAAAACGAAGAAGCUUCAAUGAACACUUGCUACAGGGAGCAAUAUACUGGGUCAUCUAAGCACUGUGUCAUGCCUCUGCUUUGGCUCAUGAGCCUCGAACCCUUUUGUUUUCCUUUGUUUCUAAUUCUGAGUGGUUUAGAUCUGUACAGCUUGUAUCAUCAUCCAUCAUAGUCCAAAACACAACACACUGAUAGAUGUUGUUUUGUCGAAUUCAGAGGAAGCAAAAUUUUCACUGUCACAACUCUGGAUCUUGAGAGGAACUGUUUGAAAUCA